UCGCACAACAAAAAAAAAGUAAUAUAGCAGCAGCCAAUGAAAUAUAAAAAGAUUUUUGCAUCUUGUCACUGCAAUUGAUUUGGCACAAUGCUGGACCACCUGCCAUUCUUUUUCCCUGCAGACUGCAGAGUAAUGAGCGACUCUUUCAAUAAAUUUGCGUUGGGGAGAGAGAGAUUGGAAUCGAGAACUACCUGUGAACGUUGAAGGUCGCGAGAUUGUUGGAGAGAAUGGAGGUUGUGGAAAAUGUGGAGAAGACGGGAAUCGCCAAAAGCAGUUGCGAGGGAACCCAUCAAGCUUCGAAUUGCAGAACUGGCGGUUUAAGAACAAUGCCCUUCAUAAUCGCUAAUGAAGUUUUUGAGAAGAUUUCAAGUUUGGGGCUAAGUCCUAACAUGAUGUUCUACUUUAGGGACGAGUACGGGUUUCAGAUUGCUGCUGCUUCUAGCGUUCUAUCUCUGUGGUCCGCUGCUUCCAAUGCUUUGUCGAUUGCUGGAGCUGUUCUGGCUGAUUCUUACAUGGGGCGUUUCCGCGUUAUAAUUCUCGGCUCCUUUUGUAGCUUCCUUGGGAUGGCUCUUUUGUGGUUAACAGCAACGAUCCCGCAACUGAAACCUUCAUCUUGUUCAUCAUCUGGAAUAUUGUGCGACUCUGCUAAUCUGUACCAGCUCGCUGUACUGUUCACUUCUUUGGGAUUUAUUUCCAUUGGAGCUGGUUGCAUUAAACCAUGUUCUAUGGCCUUUGGUGCAGAUCAACUCACCAAUGAGAAAAAUUCCAGUAACAAGGGUGUCUUAGAUACCUACUUCAAUUGGUAUUAUGCAGCAAGUGGGAUAUCUACAGUUAUUGGAAUGACUGUUAUUGUGUACAUUCAAGAUGAAUUUGGAUGGGGCACUGGAUAUGUAGUUCCUGCAGUUCUCAUGCUUUUGUCUGCGCUAAUAUUCCUAGCGGGUUCUUCUCUUUAUGUGAAAGUGAAGCCUGCACAGAGUUUGUUUACUGGAAUUUUUCAAGUAAUUGUGGUGGCAUUUAAGAACAGAAGAUUGUCACUCCCUUAUAGUAACUUUGAUCAGUACUACCUUGGUCAUGACCCGAAGCUCCUUGUCCCAACUGAUUCUAUGAGGUGUCUGAAUAAAGCCUGUCUUAUAAAAGAUGCUGAGAAUGAUUUAAAUCCAGAUGGCUCAGUGUCAAAUCCAUGGAACCUGUGCUCUGUGGAUCAAGUAGAGUCGCUCAAAAAUUUUAUAAGAAUCAUCCCAGUGUGGUCAACAGGCAUUAUCAUGGUUGUCUGCAUAAAUCAAAACGCAUUAGGCGCACUCCAAGCGAAGAUUAUGAACAGGCACAUCACCGGUAGUUUCGAAUUCCCCGCAGGAUCGAUCAAUGUGUUCAUGAUUAUUUCUUUAUCCCUGUGGCUUGUCUUUUAUGACCGAAUAAUUAUGCCUUUACUGAAAAGAUGUGGUCAUGCUGGAAGACUCAGUCCUGAAUUGAGAAUCGGAAUUGGCCUGCUUCUCUCAUGCUUUGCAAUGGCCAUUGCCGCGGUCGUUGAAGCUACAAGGCGUAGAAUUGCCAUAGAAGAAGGUCUAGAAGACCAACCAAAUGCUGUUGUUGACAUGUCAGCUCUAUGGUUAGUGCCUCAAUGUGUAGUCCUGGGAGUUGCCGAAGGUUUUAAUGCAGUCGGACAGAUUGAGUAUUUCUUCUCGAAAAUAUCGAAGGUGUCGUCGAGCAUGGCGGUUGCUCUACACACAGUUGAGAUGUCUGUAGCUAACUUGGUGGGAAGCAUUCUUGUGCAGAUAGUAAAUGGCAUAACAGGAAAAGGAAAUGAGACAAGCUGGUUGGACAACAAUCUCAAUAAGGGUCACUUGGAUUAUUUUUACUGGUUAUGUGCUGCAUUGGCUUUGGUGAACCUUUGUGGUUAUCUUCUGUAUAACAGGGCUUAUGGGUUUUCUGAGAAGAUACAAGGAAAUGAAUCAAGUGAGAUACAAGACUUUGAGUAUAGGAACUUGCCUUCAUCUUAGGGAUGGAGAAGAUUGCACUUUUCUUCAGACUUGGAUGUAUUUCUUACUCGGAGAUGGUCUCACUUUUGGGAUUUUUUGGCCCACAAAGUCUUUAAAGUUUGCAUUCAAGAUUAUGUAUCACUGUUAGAUAGAUUGUAGUUGCCCCUUCUAGUACUAUUUACAUGUUCCUUUUAGAGUAAAAAUGAUAUCAUGGGUGAUGGUCAUGGAAGUGUCAAUUAUAAUAAAUUAUAAUAAAUGUGAGGUGCCACUAAUAAUUAGUA